AUUUCUUUAAGAAUUUUAAAAGUCCUUUAGAUAUUUCUUAGUUUUUAAAAAAGAUCUGCUCGCCAAUAUUGACUGGUUUGAGCAAAUAUUGUGUUUUUAUUUUUAAAAUGAAUAGAAAUGGUAUUAGUCAACAAAUACGUCCAUCCAUAGGAUAUCCUUCAAAUCCAAAUAUUUCAAGAAAAAUAACACCUAUUUCUGUGAACAAUAGUGGAAGAAUUUCUAAAGGGAGGAUCCAGUCUGGAUCUUCAUGGACUCUUAAUCCAGCGGCUACAUUUCAGGUGUUGCAACCGCAUUCUUCGUCUCCGAAAUUUGUAGAUACAACACAUCUUGCGCAUUCUCCCACGGUUAUUUCACAUUCUAUGUCUUCGGAAAAUCUAACAAAUCAGAUGUCACCUUUAGAUCCUUCCGAUUUUCCUGCACUUGGUACAUCUUCAAAUACUUCGUUGGCACAUGCUUCUAAUCAGUAUUCUGAAUACGCAUAUUCAACUAUUAAUGAACAUCAAAAGUCUCAGGCAUUAUUGACUCGUUCUUUGUUGACAAAUACAAAUGGUUUUUCUAAUAAUCAAGAUGAUUUUUCUUCUAUUACAUCUGGGAUUGAUAUGAUGAAGUUGGGACAAAAGAUGAAUAAUGUUAAUGCUGAAAAUCCUUAUACGGAUGCAUAUUCUUCUAUUUUAUCUCCUAUAUUAAAACAACAAAACACUAAUCAAGCUAUGUUAUCUCCACAUCGAUCAUCCCUCUUGUCAACUAUGACAAGUGGUUCUGCAUCACUACAGAAAACAAGGAAAAAUCUUUCUAGAACGAAUGUUUCUUCUUUAGAUAUGAUUAAAGAUAAUUUUAUUUCAAUUUUAAAGCCAGGAGUUCAAUCAUAUAACAUUAUUGGUGAUCAAGAAAAAAUGAAUACAUCAAAAGUAAAUCCUGAUUUAUUACCUUCUGUUGAACGUCAUUCUUCUAAUUCUUUGGCUAAUUUGUUAUUUUCAUCUUUUCCUCAUGAUGCAUCUCCAAAUACGUCUGUUAUGGAUGUAAAGGAAUCUUCCGCUGGACAAACGCUUGCUUCAUUGACGCCUGUUGAAAGAUUUUCUUUAAAAGGUCUUUUAAGUAUUUUCAAGAUGGAAAAUCCUGAUUUAAAUGCCAUGGUUUUGGGAAGCGAUUUGACAGUGUUAGGUUUGAAUCUUAAUCACUCUGAUGAUCGGCCUUUGUACAUGUCAUUUUUAUCUCCUUGGAUGGAUUUAAAUACAACGAAGGCUUAUUCAGUGCCAAAAUUUAACCUUCCUGCAUGUUAUAAUGUUCAACUUGCUCCUCCUGCUUUGUCUAAAAUUCGAAAUUUUUCUGAUGAGACUCUUUUUUAUAUAUUUUAUAGUAUGCCCAGAGACGCAAUGCAAGAAGCCGCUGCUCAAGAACUUACAAAUAGGAAUUGGAGAUAUCAUAAAGAAUUAAAAUUGUGGCUUACAAAAGAACCUGGUGUAGAACCCAUUCAAAGAACACCUCAAUAUGAAAGAGGUCAAUAUAUAUUUUUUGAUUAUAUAUUGUGGGAAAAACUAAAGAAAGAAUUUCUUUUAAUUUAUGAUGCUUUGGAAGAUCGCUUUACACCUUUUACUUCAAACAUAACUGGAGAAAUGGGAUUUUGCCAAAGAAUGUUGAAUGGUAUUUAAUAUCUUAUACAUUAAUUGUAUUAUAAGAUUCUUGUAUUUUGAUUAACUAAAUUUC